AUGGUUGAAAGCCAGAAAAUCCCCGGGGCUGACCUCAGAGCCACCAGUGAGCCGCAAGUUGUUCGAAUCCUCGUGAAGAUGCCCUGGCAGAAGGAAGAGUUUCUGGUCCACAAGGACAUGUUUGUCAGAGAGUUCAAGGAACACGUUGCUAGGCAUUUCUCCUCUUCUCCAGACCAAGUCGUGCUGGUGUAUUCCGGAAGGAUCUUGAAAGACCACAAGACCCUUGGCCAGCACAGGAUCCAUCUGGACGGUGAUGCUACUGUCUAUGUGGUGAUCCGGUCUCACCGGGUGCACCCGUCCCGGCAGACUUCUGCUGUUCCAACCAGCACCACUGCCUCAGAUCAAAAGCCCUCCCGGAGUGGCACUUUUGCUAGCUACGGCCUCCGGGAGCUCACAGCUAGCCUGGGCCUCAACACGGCCAACUUUACAGAGUUCCAGAGCCAGCUCUUGUCCAACCCUGACAUGAUGCUCCAGCUGUUAGAGAACCCCUUCAUCCAGAGUAAGCUCUCAAGCCCCGACCUGAUGAAGGAGCUGGUCACCAACAACCCUCAGGUACAGCAGGUGAUCCAGAAAGCCCCUGAGAUCAGCCACGUCUUCAGCUCUCCUGAAGGCAUGAGGCUGGUGGUGCAGCUGGCAAAGAACCCAGCUGCUGUGCGAGAAUUCAUCAAAUCCCCGCCCCAGGCCGUCAGUGUACCUGGGAGUGUCCCUGGUGGCGACAACAACAGUGUCCUGCAGUACACUCUCCAUGGGGUUCAGGGACUGAUGCAGAAAGCCACUCCAAAGCGGCAUGGGGCCACCCCAUUGCCAGGACCCUUGGCUGGCCACCUGCCAGUCUUUGAUCAUGGCGAAAAGCCUGAGCGAGGCAAAGAGAGACUGCCUUUUCCCAGAAUGUGGCCUCUUGAGCCUGGUGCCCAGAAUGUAGCCACUGGCAGCAAUGAUCACAGCAAUGGAGAAAGUGGUGCCUUUAGAGGAGAAGCAGGACAACUUGCCUCAGCAGCUGUUAAGAACCUGCUACAUCAAAUCAUAAAGCACCUCAUGCAGAACAUUGCAGGCAACCCCUCCAGGAGCAGCCACACCCCAGAGGUGGUGGCCAGGAUGGUCCGGAGAAACGCAGUCGGGUCCAGGAACUCCCGAGAGCAGGCAGCCCUGCAGGUCCCAGCCCUCCUGCAACAGAUCCAGAACAUGGACGUUCUCCUGGCCAACUGGAGUCCCAAGGAGAUUCAGGGACUCCUAGAAAUUCAGCGGAAGUUGCAGGCCCUUGCAACAGAUGAGCCAGCAGCAGAGAGGAGAGGCAGAUCCGAGCGGCCCGCACGGAGAGCGCACUCCAUCACAUCUCUCUGCGACAUUGCCCCCCCAGCCUCAAGAGUGGGGCAGCAGGAUUUCUCUGCCCGGCAGAUCUUGCAAACUCUGGUGGGUGCUGAUUUCCUAGCCGGCAUAAAGUCUGCCAGCCGUCUGCGGGGCUCUUCAGCACAACCGUCAACCAAGCAGAAGCGGACGUACAAGCUCUGA